AUCAAUUUUUUAAACCCUUAUUAAUAAAUUCAAAUUCUGGGAAACACAUCCGGUCACGUGACCUCGUUUCAUGUCAACAAAAACAUAACCUUAAAAGAAUGACAGACGUUUAUUCUGGCCAUUCUCAGUUCGUUUUAUUAGGAAAUAACAGGAGACGAUGGUUCGACGGCCGUACUUUGUUCAUAAUUACGGUUAUAACCGUCCCUGUGAUAAUAUUUUGUGGUAUUUACACGGUUAUACUUAAAACCAACGAGACUCUUUUAUACCCCCAAAGUCACAUCGAAGUGCCAGUUCAGGCCCCCCAUCGUGCCAAAAUCUACAGCACCCGUCUCAGAAACCUCGACAAGGGGCUGCUCUCCAUCGAAGACGACGUGCCAAAAAUCACGGAUUUUAAACUAGUGUGCUAUUAUAAUUUCCCAGGGGGUAGUGGUAGUCUCCAACCUGAGAAAAUAGACCCCUUUUUGUGCACCCACAUCAACGUGGGGUUCGCCAGGGUGGGCCCCAAUGGUGUGGAGUUGACUCAAGACCAGUUAAGGGCGCUCCAAACUGUCGUGGGGCUGAAACAGGUCAAUGGAAAUUUGAAGGUUUUGGUGUCGGUGGGCGGGGCUGGGAAUGACGGGGGUUUCAACGUCAUGGUUUUGAGUCACGCGAGUCGGAAAGUUUUCAUUAGGUCGGUGGCCGAGUUGGUGCGGAAUCACAGUAUCGAUGGGGUUGAUCUCGACUGGGAGUUCCCCAAUGAGACCCCAGGGAGGGACAAGAAGCAGAAGGUGCAUUUCGUGCAGCUUUUAGAGGAGUUUCGUAUGACGAUAAAUAAAUACAAGGAGAAGUUUCUGGUGACCGUGGCGGUGGCAGCCCCCAUUGUCCUCGUGGAUAAUUGCUACGAUGUGCCUUAUUUGAACGAAUUUGUCGAUUUUGUUAAUGUGAUGGCUUAUGAUUACCAUUUUUACACCAAAUUGACCCCUUUUACGGGUUUAAACUCGCCUUUGUACCCCUCAAUUGAGGAUAAGGGGUACCUUUCAACUCUCAAUAUUAAUUUCACUGCAUUUUAUUGGGUGUCAAAGGGCAUGGCAAGGGAGAAACUUGUGAUUGGUUUGCCCACUUAUGGACACACUUUUCGAUUGACGAAUAUUCACAAUAGUGGGCUGUAUGCCCCAGCGAGGGGCUACGGGAAGCUCGGAAGUGGCGGUUUUGUGGACUACUCUCAAGUUUGUUCAUUUUUGAACAUGAAUCAGAUUUCCCCUAUUUUCGAUAUGGACGCGAAAAGUCCCUAUGCCACUAAAGGGACAGAAUGGGUGGCUUUUGAUAACGAACAAAGUCUUUCAUUUAAGGCUGAGUUUGUACGAGACAACCAAUUUGGGGGUGUUAUGGUUUAUUCCUUGAAUGCUGAUGAUUAUUUAGGGGUGUGCAAAGUCGAUUCAAAUGUCCAAAGUCGACAAUUUCCACUUAUUAACAAAGUCAAAGAGAUUCUGGACAGGAAUUAUUCGAUUUUUUAAUGGGACCUGACAGAGGCUGUUAACAAUGGUGAUAAUCCAAGUAUUAUAAUUUUUUUUAAUAAAAGUUAUUGAAAUUGA